GAAGAUACAGAGAUGCAACUAAUUCAGACCGUGGAAGAAGAGCAGAGAACUUAUCUUGUCCAAACACAGAUACGACUGUCAACAGAAAGCCAUACUGGGGUGAGCUCCUUCAGAAACAUCGUUAAUAAGUGCAGAUCUGUCGCUCUUGGGUUCAGAUCUAUCACAUGUGGAUCCAAAUCUGCUCCUCUCGCCCUCUCUUAACGAAGGAGGUCUCUUACCAUCAGUCACCAUUCUGAGUUUCUGUCUUUGUAUGAACGACCAUGUCGUUCCCACAGACGGCGCCAAAUGUUGAAGAUAUUUUUGAGCCGGUGACGUGGCAUCAUCAGAAACGCCCCUUCCUCCAUGCCUUGACCUGCAAACAACAAAGACCCGCCGGGGGUGCCGGCGGAGCCUCCUCCGACGAUCAAGUCAGUCCAGUGUUUGUAAGAAGAGGAGAGAGAGAGAGAGAGUUCAGAGAAAAAAUCCACCCUUAUAAUUUCUAUACUCCCUUUUUAUACCCCUGUCAAGCACAGGGCUCCAUGUAGACGUCUCAUAUCUUCCCUGACUUGAUUUGACUGGUUUCAUAAAUGUUGAAGGCUGCCUGCGACCAAAAUCAUUGUCCGGGGACCAAUUCUUUCCAGUGUCCGAAAUCCUACUUGGAAGACAAAUCUGGCCCUACCUUAGGUAGGGGAGGAAUUUUCCUUAACAAUAACAAUUCAAGAAAACAAUAAGAAAUGAAGAAGGCUUUCUCAACCCAUACAUCAUCGCAUGUCACACAUAUAAUCUCGAGUUGAGAUGGAAUAUUAUGAUCUCUUAGCAGUAGAGACAAUAUUAAUUCAAAAUAUCAAAUUAAAAGUCACUUCUCAUAAUCUAUAUGUAUGAAAACACAAACAUUUUAAGACGAAAAUUGAAUGAACAUAAUACAUUUGAAUUUUGAUAUGAUGGAUCAAAUGAAGUUAGACUUUGAACUACAUACGUUAUUAUUAUUAUCUAUAUGAGAGAUGAGACCACCCAACGAAAAUGAAGAAACUAUGAACACUUACUAUUUUGAUUAAUUUAUUGUCUUAUUUAAAAGUGAAAUGCUAGAGACUACUUUUAUUCAACAUUCAUCUACAUGGUACUCCUCAAUUGCCAACCCUACUUUACAUGGUUAGGAUUUCCUCCGGAAUGACAUGGUCCUCAUUAAGAAUGAACGCUUAUUUCACAAGUCGGUGGGCAGCUUCUUUGCCAUUGCGUUGUACAUAACUAAUCCUUCACUUUUGUAGACAAUUAAAUGCAUAUCAAGUAUCAUCAAUGAGGGUACCAUACGUACUCUAAUUCAUACCAUAUUUGCACAACGCUUGAACUACUUGGACAAUAUCACCUUCUAGUUAUACCAUUUGCAGACCCAACACCCUGCAGAAAGUUGCAACCCUUAGAGCCACCGAAGCUUCAGCAACAACAGUGUCUAUGAUAGACAUUUUGAGAGCUAAUAAGGUUGCCAACACCUCUCUCAAGCUAUCUUUGACAAGUACACCGAAGGAUUUGUCCUGUGCAGCUUAACGGUGCCGUUUCAGUGACUCCUAUUCCUCGAAAUCUCCCAAAUCGCCGAGCACCACGUUUGUACGUACUCUUACCAAAGAGACCCGUGUUGCUGGAAGGCGAUAAGUUGAAAAGCCGUUUGGCGCCAUACCAUAUGUUCGACAAAAUUCCCGCGAAAACACAAAGCAAUCACGGGCAAAAGAGGAGGGAUCAAUAAAGCACAGAAUCUGCAAGUAGCUCCAAGCUUCCUUAAAUGGAGUCCUUGUCCAUCCCUACUCAAUUUACCGUUACGAGAACCCACCUUACGUGGACGCGUCCCAAGUUCAUAGAAUUGCCGAGGGAUUCCUCGAAAAGCAAAUAUUUGUCGAGAAGGCUGUGUUUGAGCAAUGGAAGUGAUGGGAUUAGACGAAAUCCACAUGGGUUUGGUGAGACAGACGGCGUGAUCAUCGUCGACCAUGGUUCGCGGCGCAAGGAAUCAUCUCAUGCUAAGAGUUGGCAGAACCAUCUAUAGAGAUGCAUUUGGUUCUAGUGUUGAACAAGGCGCAAAUCGUGUGAUUGUAAGCCCAUUUUUUCUCUUACCUGGACGACAUUGGCACAAGGAUAUUCCUUCCUUGGCUGCUGAAGCUGCAAAAGCACACCCUAAUGUGUCAUAUAUCGUAACUGCACCUCUUGGUCUGCUUGAUCUACUUGUGGAUGUUUUGAAUGAUAGGAUUCAACACUGUUUAAGCCAUGUAGCAGGAGAUGCAGAAGAGUGUGCAGUUUGCGCUGGUACAAGCAAAUGCAGGCUCUAUUAAAUUUAGAAAUUGCAGAACAAAAUCAUAUGAGGGCUCUCUUACAGUGGGGAGCCAUUUCAGCAUUCAUCUGGUAAUUGGACAUACAAAGAAUCAUGCAAUUGUGUUCUGGCUAUGAUUUAAGAGGAUGUGCAAUUAUUUGGAAGAAAUCAGUUGAAAUGGAACCUUUUGUCAAGUCUUGUAUGCAGGGAUGUUGCUGUCAUGCUGUUGGAUAUCAUCAAAAGUGAGAACCAUGACAUGUCUGCAUCCACUCUUUAUCAAUCUGAAAGUGUUUUGCAUCAUUUGAGUUGGCAAUGCUCCUGUGAGGCUAACAGGAUAAAGAUAAAGAUGCUGCUCUAAUGGUGUUGGGGUGCCUCUGCAAAUUUUCUGACUAGUCAUGUUGUAUGCAAUAGCUAUAACAUUAAAUAAUCUAUUUGCUUCCUUAUUGUAUCAUGGUUCUAUUUUCAUUAUACUUAAGUUGUGACCAGUGCACUUCUUCCUCUUUUCUAAUGGUGCAUCUGACCCGAAACA